UGGACAGACAGCAGGACAGAGCUCUCCUUUGCUUUUAGUUAGUUUUUAGCUCGCUGAGGCAGAGAAGUUCCCUGGACUGUGGUUUUUCUUUUUCUUUGGAGCUGUUUAAAUCUGCUCUGCACUGAACAGCCAGAACACCACGGGCAGCUUGCACCUGUGGCCCACCUGGCUGAGCCUGGGCCACAGCAUUUCCAGUGCUGGAAGGACUGAUAAGAGACUGAUAAGAGACUGAUAAGACACUGAGUGUGCGGAGCUACAACCCAAGGAGGAACUUUCAGAGUUUGUCAUAUAUUUUGGAGCGGAAUAUCCCGUUCCUAAAACUUGGCCAGAUGGCGGAAGACACCUCAAGGCAGAUGAGGAUGCCCCAGGACACCCAGGCAGAGAAGGAGCUGAGGAUCAAGAUCAGGGACGACAAAUCCCCACAGCACAACCUCAUGGAAGAGACCGGUUUGAUUGGCUCCAUGGGAAAAGAAUCCAAUGUGGAGGAAAAGCCCUGGAGAUCCCCCAUGAGGAGGAGGGGCUCCAAACCCAACCCAGGGUGCUCUGAGGAGGAAAGACCCACCCUGAGCCAGGAAGGUGGACAGAGCUUCAGCCAGAACUCGGAGCUGGUAGUCCAUGGGCAUCUUCAUGAUGGGCAGAAGCCCCACAAGUACUUGGAGUGUGGGAACAGCUUCAGGCAGAGCAGCACCCUGAUCAGCCACCAGAGGAUCCACGCUGGGGAAUGGCCCUAAGAGUGUGGGGAAUGUGGGAAGGGCUUCAGCUCCAGCUCUGCCCUUGUCAUACACCAACACAUCCACACUGGGGAGAGGCCCUACGAGUGUCCCCAGUGUGGGAAAAGCUUCACCCAGAUCUCUGUCUUAACCAGACACCAACGGAGGCACCUGUAAGGGUAGCUCUGCCAAUGCCCCAAUGCAGGAGGACUUUUGUGCACUGCCCCAACUUCAUCCAUAGUUGGAGGAUCCAUGUUGGGAAGAGCCCUGGUGAUCCAUUUUUCUUUCUGAUCCAUGCUAGGAAGACACCUGUCCCUUUUCCUGCCUCUGCCAAUGACAUGAUGUGGGAUGGAAGAACAUGAGGGUCUGGCAAUGACAGUCUCAUUACAUUCACUCCCACCUCAGGUCAUUGCCAGGGACAGGAAAGGGACACUCUCUCUCUCUCUCUCUCUGUCCCUGAGGAGAAGGGUGUCCUUUCCAGGCAGGAGGAAAUAUGCGGCCAGGAAGACCCAGUAAGUUGUGUUUUAGUUUUCCCUGUAAACAGUUUUAUUUAUACACUCUGUUAUCAAAAUUGUUUCUGUUCCAUUUGUUCCUUAUC